UCAAUUGCACAGUGUGACAUUAUUUAUCAGAAGUCACCUAAAUGGAAGUGAAUCUUUCAAUUCAAUAUUUCAAUUAAGCAGAGAUUUCUGGUAGAGUGGUAGUGGUACUACACAAAUCUGCUAAUUCCUCAGAUUUUUCUCUCUCCUCAAUUCCUCCCAAGAUUUAAGAUUUAGCGGAGAGUAAUGGAGGAAAAGGGUUACCCUUGUCAAGAGGUACAGCAACUGCGUAAAUUUGUUUCAAAGCUUGCAAAGGAAAUUGAUGUUAAAAACACGAAGUUGUUUGUCAUGGAGAAGAGGAAUGAUAAGUUGUCGACAACCCUCAACAAUAUGGUUAUGGAAAAACGGAAGCUGCAGCAAGAUCAUGCUAGAGAAAUUGAAAGAUUGCAAUCUGUGAUAUUAAAUAGUGAUAAAACAAAACUGGAGUUGGAAUAUCAAAGACAGCAAAUUGAGCUGAGAGCAGAAGAAGUUGAUAAACGCGAGAUGCAAAUAAAAUCUAAGCAUGAAAAGCUUGAUUCUUUAAUGCGUGAGCUAGAAGAAGGUGGAGAUGAAAUGCAAUGCUUAGAAACCCUUAACCAAACACUUAUCAGCAAAGAGCGUAUAACUAAUGCAGAGCUGCAGGAUGCUCGCAAAACUUUGAUUCGUACGUUCCAAGGAAUUGCUGAUGUUGAGGCUGAUAGUAUUGGAAUCAAACGGAUGGGGGAGGUUCAAAUUAAGCCUUUUCGAGAUGCCUGUCCGAAAAAAUUCCCUUCUAGGGAUUGGGAAAUGCAAGCAUCUGAGCUGUGCUCAUCAUGGCAACAAAUCCUUGGAGAUCCUAGUUGGCAUCCAUUUAAAAAUAAAGUUGUAGAUGGAAAACUGCAGGAAGUUGUAGAUGAAAAUGAUAGUAAGCUGAAGGAAUUGAUUGAUAAAUGGGGUGAGGAAGCAUAUAAAAGCGUGGUUAAUGCAUUGUUGGAGCUGAAUGACUACAAUCCCAGUGGUAGGUUUGUCGUGUCUGAACUCUGGAACUAUAAGGAGGGAAGAAAAGCUAGUCUGAAAGAAGCAAUAGAGUAUCUCAUACAGAAAUUGACAGCCAAGUCCAUGAAGCGCAAAAGAUAACAAGUUUCAGGGCAUACUCUAUUCUAAGCAUUUUCUUAUUCAAAGCAUCAUGAGGUAGUUAACAUCACGUAUGGCUCUGACAUUUAGGAUUGUAAUUUGGGGAGUGACACUGCUAGAUUGCAAGUUUUACCAGAGCAGCUCUUCUUGAGAUCCUAGCUUACUACUACAUCAUGCCGUAUGGGCUAUUGUAUGAUAUAUGCUUUAGAUAUUUAGUGUAGAUUAUCUAUUCUAAUAUGAAUUACUUAUGGCUUUUGCAUUGUGUAAUGCAGACAUACAACACCACUGUCUGAAACUCUUAACAGGCAGAAUCCUCCAUUGUUAACAUAGCCUAGCAAAUGUUAGUGACAGCAGCUUGGUGCCUGAUGCACCAAGAAUAGUGUAUAUUGGUGUUCGGUGUUUGUAUUUGCUUUCCAAGCACUUCAUUACCAAUAAUUUUCUAAUAAAUAGUUGGAUGCUGCUGCUACUUGUAAA